GUGCGGGGCUCCGGCGGGGCCGGACGAGGAGGAGGAGGCGGAGACCGGGCAGGUGAACCCUCGCGGCAGCUGUCUCCCCGGCCGCUGCUGCUGGAAGUCCGGUCUGUGCACCGCCGGCCUGUGGCAGGGUUCGAGCCCCCCGCGCCCGCCGCCAGCGUGGGAGGGCACGGCGGGGCUACAGACGGACGAGUCGCUCCGACCGGCUCCGGGGAUCGAGGGAGCGAGCGAGGGAGGGAGGGAGCGAGGGAGGAGGCAGGAGGCAGGACAGCUCCCGGGCCCGGCCCGCCCUCCGUCUGCGGCUCCGCCGAGGGGAAGCCGAGCCGUGCCGGCUGUCCUGCGAGCCGCGCUGCCCGGGACACUUCGGAGGCUAGCCGGGCAGCGGCUGUGCUCUGCCCCGAGGGGCGCUCCGGGCGACGGGACCGUCCCCGUGCGCUCCAGCUGGAUGGCGCGGACCCUGAGACCCGACGACAUCAACCCCCGGACGGGGCUGGUGGUGGCUCUGGUCAGCGUCUUCCUGGUGUUCGGCUUCAUGUUCACCGUGUCCGGCAUCAAGGGAGAGACGCUAGGGGACAUUCCGCUGCUGGCCAUCGGGCCGGCCAUCUGCCUGCCGGGCAUCGCCGCCAUCGCCCUCACCAGAAAGACCGACGGCUGCACCAAAUGUCCCGAGAACAUGCGUCCGUGCUGUAAGGAAGUCAGAGACCGGGAUGUCGUGGAGCUGCUAAGGACCCCCUCGGACCUGGAGUCUGGCAAGGGAAGUUGUGACGAGCUGGCCCGGAAAGCUUACCGCAAGGACAGGAGAGGGCUGAGGGGAGAGGACACCGUGUUCAUCUGCACCUCCGGCACCACCGCCCCUACCACGGCAGAGUGCAAGAGCCUCACCCAAAAGGUGGAGCAGGAGCAGAUGCUGAAAUACCUGGAGAGCUGUUACCCAGAGAUGCCAGAGAAUGUGUUCGUGCGAGAUGCCUCCACAUACAGUGCCUUGGAGAAGAAGAGCUCUUCUCCCAGCAGGGACAGCACUCCUUGCCCUGACAUUGAAGACAACAUUUUUGUGGCUCCUAAAGACAGUAUCAUUGUCUGCUCUUACAAGGAUAACAGCCCUUAUGACAGGUACUGUUGUUACAUAAACCCCACUGGAGCCACCUUAGACCAGGAGACAAUUGUGUGAAAGAUGCAUACUUUAUAUAUAUGUAUGUAUACAAAAACUGCAACGCCAACAUCUUGAUAGGGGAUAAGAUAGAUGACUGCAUGGGACAAUCCUGAUACUAUUUCAAUCUAAAGUGGUAUGUGACUGAUGCUCAAACCUUUUGUGCCUGAAGUACGCUUUCUGUAAGUAAACAAGCAUGUUUAAAGGUUAAAGAAUUCAAUUUUUCAUUUUUGGACAAAAAGAAAUGACAUUUUAAUUUUAUUUUCUCCCUUUCCCUCCCUUUUGUUUCCCUGCUGUAUAUUGUACCCAAGCCCGUAGGCACACUGGCAGCAGGGCAGCAGUGGCUGUCAGCUGAGAUCAAGAGCUGAAUGAAACUCUGGAGCUCUCUGUAGGAAAGAAUGUGGUGCUCUAUGGCUGAAUAAGUUUUUGAAAUACUAUCACUUCAUUUUGUGAGGGAUUGAGAGAUGUCAGCAUGUACUCUAACAGCUGGCUGAUGUCAGGGAGUGUAGAAGUCAUUUGUCUCCCUUUGUCCUGGCAGGAUUUUGUUUUCCUUUUUGUCAAGGAAUAGAUGUCCUGACCCCAUGGGCUCUUCUGAAAGUCUCCUAGGAACCAGAUAGGCUCAGGACAGUUUUCAAAGACUAACCCAUCAUCAAUAGCAUGAACACAGAUGUGUUAGCUUGAUUUUCCACUGGUCUUGAGUUCACUGGAAGGUUUCUAACACUUUUGGAUUUUAGACGCAUACUUGACAAGGGGAAUGCAA